GAUCGUUCACAAUUUGAUUAAGUUCGACACAUGUACUGUUUUAUGGUAUAAAAAGCGAUAGAUUUUAAGAGAAAUUGUCAGUCAACUACUUUAUAUCUCACCUCUUCUAUUCAAUUACAUUGAAAUUGAAAAGUUACGAUUAACAAAAUGACUUUAAGACUAAUCAAUUUAAGUGUUUUACUCUUAUUACUAUUCAACUAUUCCUACGCCUCAUAUUCAGAAGGUGCAGCGGCUAGUAGCAGUGCUACAGCGGCUUCUGGAGCUACUGCUAAUAGUUCGGGUAGUGGUGAUAAUACUGGUUCUUCUGGUUCAGCAGCGGCAGCGGCAGCAGCAUCGUCAUCAAACGUCAAUAAUGAUUCUCAACCAAGAAACGACCAAAGUACCUCCAAUGGUGGCUCUUCUGGAACGACAGAAACAACAGGAGCAAGUGCUAAUUCGAUGUCAGGAUCUUCAUCAGCAACUACGAAUAAAGAUUCUCAAUCAAGUAACGACCAAAGUUCUUCCGAUGAUUAUUCUGCAAAAAAAGGAACGGGUUCUUCACAGACCUCAUCAACAGCUUCCACAACAAAUUCUAAAAAGGGUUCAAUGGGCAAAACUAAACCAGACAUCUCUUCACAAGAUAUGGAUGGUUCGUCUCUGAAUGUUGAUAUGGAAAUGUUGCCUGAUACCGAUGCUUUGUCUUUUCAAUGGGAGAUUUCAUGUCUCUUGGCUUUGGACCAGGACCUUUGGAUACAGAUGAUGAUUCAGCCUCUAAUCUCGACGAUGAUAAUGAUUCAAGUAAUAAAAAUGGUAAAAAUUCGAAAGCAAUGGCAGAAUCAACGGCGUAUUCAGAUACUGCAACAAAGAAUGACCAAAAUAACUCAGCUAAGGGCACUCAAUCUAGUUCUGAAUCUAGUUCUGGUUCUAAAUCUACCACAGGUAGAAAGACCAAUGCUAAAACAGGAGAUAAUGAAGAACAAGACCAAGAUGAUGAAUGAUAUAGCAAGCGCUUCAAGUGGAUCAGGACUCUUCCGUAUGAGUGGACUUGGUUCAACCAUGGAUAAUAUGAUGAAAACAGUUAAAACUGGCAAAUUAAUAUCAAUGAUGAACUCGAAAUCUAGUGAAGAAGAUGAUUCUGAUUCUGAUUCAAAAAGUGUAUCGAAUGCAGAUAGUUCAAGUAGCACAAGUUCUGGCUCACGUUCACGAGGAGAAAAAGGUCCAUUUACUAGUUCAAACGCUUCAUCGAAUGAUGACCAAUCUACCGUAGCUACAGAAACUGAUUCUAGUUCUAACUCAGUUUCAAAUAAAAAAGGUAAAGGUUCGAGCUCAGGAUCAAAAAGUAAGGCCACCACUCAAACAGGGGACGAUGGUGGACAAAACAACGAUGAUGAAACCGACACUUCAACCGCUUCAAGGGGAUCAGAACUCUUCUCUAUGGGUGGACUUGGUUCAACCAUGGAUAAUAUGAUGAAAACAGUUAAAACUGGUAAAUUAAUAUCAAUGAUGGACUCGAAAUCUAGUGAAGAAGAUGAUGCUGAUUCAGGCAAUACACAAGAUACAGAUGGCUCAAGUUCAAGUUCAAGUUCAGGAUCAACCAGUGGCUCGGGUUCUAACGGUAAAAAAGGUUCAACAGCUCAAUCUUCUGCUAGUUCUGCUGCUUCAUCUACCGGUGAUAAAUCGAAAUCAGGUAAAGCUCCUAAAUCAUCCACUGGAUCGGGUUCCGGUUCUAGUUCAGGAUCAAGUUCAACUUCAACUUCAGAAUCAACCAGUGGUUCAGAUUCUAACGGUCAAGAAAAUACAAGUUCGGCCGCUCAAUCUGCCGCUAGUUCUUCUGCUUCAUCAUCCGACAGUGAUACCUCGAAAUCAGGUAAAGCUGCUAAAUCCAACACUGGAUCUAAUUCGAGUGCUAGUUCAAGUUCGAGCUCAGGGACUUAUAGUAAGACCACUGCGCAAGAUUAUGAUGGACAAGACAAUGAUGAUGAUACCGAUAUGACAAACGCUUUUGGUAUAUUAGGAAGCAUUCCUAAGAUUGGACUUGGUUCAAUCAUGGAUGAUAAGAUGAAAACAGUCAAAACUAAUACUAAUAGUCUAAAACCAGGCAAUAGACCAAACACCAAUAACAGUUCUAGCUCGAGCUCAGCAAAUAGCUCAAGUUCCUCUGGUAAAAAAGGCUCCGGAUCAAGUGCAAGCUCGUCAAGCGAAGCAACUGCGAAUUCGAAGGCUUCGACAACAACUGGUGAAUCUAAAUCAACUCCAAACUCUAGCCCAAUUAAUAAAUCUAAUACUAAUAAUGCUAAUUCAAGCUCAGGAUCAACCAGUGGCUCAGGUUCUAAUGGUAAAAAAGGUUCAACAGCUCAAUCUGCCGCUAGUUCUUCUGCCUCAUCAUCCGACAGUGAUACCUCGAAAUCAGGUAAAGCUGCUAAAACCAACUCUGGAUCUGAUUCGAGUGCUAGUUCAGGAUCGAGCUCAGGUUCAGACGGUGCUUCUAAUUCUGGCUCUGGUGGAAACUCAAAAGGAGCUUCAAGUGGUGUAGCUAAAUCAUCUUCAUCUUCAUCUUCAUCUUCAAAGUCCACCACAAACAAUAACGGAAUAGGACAUGCCCCAGGUUCAGGAUCAUCUCCAUCAGGAUUACCAAAAAAUGGUAAAGGUAAACCAAUUGGAUCCAAUCCUAAUCCAUCUUCGAGCUCUUCUUCUGCAACUUCUAUGGCAAAAGCCAAUUCAGGUCCUAAGAAAGGCUCAAAUCCAAAAGGUUCAUCAGAUUCUGAUAUCAUAAGUUUCGAAACCCCAGUCAUGGGUAUUAAGAUGUCAGCCCCCGCCUUUGCUGGCUAAAUGAAACUUUUAUUGUUCAUGUUUUAAGAAAAUCGUUAAUAGAUAAUAAAUAAAUAUAUCCCCACAGGUUAUAAUAUUAGGGUGUUCGAAAAGUCGUUAUCCUAACCAUGUUAGAAGGAAGUUGAGAAAAUUUUUUUUAGCGCAUUUGAUCCCUACAGUGGUUAACCUUUGAGAACGUAGACUCACUUUACCAAUACCCUCCUUGUACCAAAAGGGCGGCUUUUUUAAAAAAAAGGUCGAAAUUACGGCCUUUUUUGCUUCUAAAGAGUGUAACACUUUUCAUAUUUGAAUUUUUUCGAGUUCAGAAAAGUUAAUUGAUCAUCAGAAUACGCACAAUAAAAUGCACUAAGCGAAAGACAAGAAAAAAACUCAGUUCGGCGAACAUACGGAUUUUUCUUGGACAUAAGCCCAUUGAAUUUUCCGUGAAAAACCUAACGGCGUGGGAAAGUUACUUAAGGUCGAUAUUUUCGAAUGAAAAAGUUAAUUUAAUGCAUGUUGAAUGCCUAGAAUGAGGACAUGAGACCUUUAGACAUGUAUUUCCGUUGAAAAUUUUUUGUAAAAACUUAUAACAAACAGGGCUGAGGCCAAAACCCGUUCAUAGUCCGCUUCCAUGGACCAUCCAUCUUGCUUGCCCUAAAAAGCUUGUCUAUGCGGAAUCUUGAAAAACUUAUACCAUUUUCAGAUGCACUGAACCCUCAGUAAACCAUGAAAAAAGUUUCAUCUGAUUUGGCCUUUAUUUGUGUCUAAGAGAGCUUUUUUUCGAAGGUCGUUUUUCCGUUCAUUCAAAUUUCGCGCGCGAUUUUUUGGUUUUUUCAACAGCAUUUGCGAACCAAAGAAGAAAAAAAAAUUUUCUUUCUCUUACUUUACCUCGACACUGUAAAGGUCAUUUUUG